UGUUGCUUAUCACACGUACACGCGGAAGCAAACAACAACACUCUUCCGUUUUCUUUUCUUUUUUCUGCAAAUCUCUCAGAGCGAGGUGGAGUCUCUCAGGCAAUACAGAGAGAUCACGGAGAGGGGAAAGAAGUUAUCUCGAGAAUUUACUCCAAGAAAUCUUCGCAGAUCAGCGUGAAUUAAUGUUAGGCGGCGAGAAUUGAAGUGGGAGUCUGGGAGAAGAAGAGACAGGAGAGAAUUAUCGACUAUCGAGUACACAUCGUCGUCAUCAUCAUCAUUGAUGUCGAAACGGUUGUGAAACCAAGGCAGACGGCGGGGAUUGAACGUUGUUUGAUAUGAAUAUAGCCCCACAUGCAUUGGGUCUCUUAGAGAAAUGUUGCAGUCUGGUAAUAGCGGUUUUUGCUGUGUGAAACCGCGUUUCUGAGGAUUGGGACUUGGGAGUGGUUUUUUCUUGCGUUGGGGGAUGGUCAGGCGGUUUUGUCUCUAUCAACGAGGAAUUAAAAAGGGGCUGCAAAGGACGGCGCGAUAGAGUACCGUGUAUUGGUGUUGUUGGGUUUCGGGGAGAAACUUGAGUGGGUUCGGUAGUGAAGUCAGAAGUGUGGUUUUUGGCGUUCAAAAGUGGUUUCCAGGCAGAUUUUUAGGUUGUUUUCGGUGGAUUUUUCUGUGUUGGCUCCAAGUGUGUAUUGGGAGAUGAAGUUUAUGAAGUUGGGAUCGAAGCCGGAUGUGUUUAAAGCUGAUGGAAAUUGUAUCAGAUAUGUUGAAUCUGAGCUGGCAACAGACAUUGUUUUAAAUGUUGGGGAGGUAAAGUUUUUCCUGCAUAAGUUUCCUCUCUUGUCCAAGAGCCAUCGCUUGCAAAAGCUGGUACAGAAAGCUAAUGAGAACAGCGAGGAAGUCCAUAUUGCCAAUUUUCCAGGAGGGCCAAAAGCCUUUGAGAUCUGUGCUAAAUUCUGCUAUGGAAUGAUAGUUACUCUCAAUGCUUAUAAUGUUGUUGCUGCUCGAUGUGCAGCUGAGUACCUUGAGAUGACUGAGGAUGUUGAUCGUGGGAAUUUAAUUUUUAAAAUUGAGGUUUUUCUAAACUCAAGUAUUUUCCGCAGUUGGAAAGAUUCAAUUAUUGUCCUCCAGACCACCAAGUCUCUUUUACCAUGGGCUGAAGAGCUGAAGGUGGUAGGUAGAUGCAUAGAUUCCAUUGCUUCUAAAACCUCUGUGGAUCCAACAAAUGUCAACUGGUCAUAUACCUACAACAGAAAAUUAGCAGUUGGAGAGAUUAUUGAACACGACACCAAAGUCCAACAGAAAAUGCAAUCCGUUCCCAUUGACUGGUGGGUUGAAGAUAUAUGUGAGCUGGAUAUUGGCCUCUACAAGCGAGUAAUGGUUGCAAUAAAAUCGAAGGGGAGAAUGUCUGGAGAUGUGAUAGGGGAGGCUCUCAAAGUUUAUGCUAUCAGAUGGUUGCCAGAUUCCAUUGAUGCCCUGGUUUCUGAUGAUCGUACUUGGAAGUAUAGAGCUUUAGUGGAAACAAUUGUUUGGUUGUUGCCAUCAGAUGGGGGUGUUGGYUGUUUUUGUAGUUUUCUGUUAAAAUUGUUGAAAGUUGCCAUUUUGGUUGGAGCUGGUGAUGCAGCCAGGGAAGAACUCGUAAAAAGAAUCAGUUUACAGUUGGACGGAGCUUCUGUAAGUGAUUUACUGAUUCCAGCACGAGCACCUGAGAGUACAGUUUAUGAUGUUGAGUUGGUACAGAACAUCAUCAAUCGGUUUAUGAUGCAUGAAGAUGCAGAUGAUUUUGAUUUAGGGCAGGAUUCAUGGCUUAAAGUUGGCAAACUUAUUGAUGGGUAUCUUGUUGAAAUUGCCUCUGAUGCAAAUCUUUCACUCUCCAGCUUCAUUAAUCUGGCACAAUCGAUUCCCGAGACAGCUCGACCAAUCCAUGAUGGGUUGUACAAAGCAAUUGAUACCUACCUGAAGGAACACCCAAAUUUGACGAAAAUUGAGAGAAGAAGAAUAUGUGGGCUUAUGGAUGUAAAGAAUCUGACAACAGAUGCAUGCAUGCAUGCAGCACAGAAUGAGCGUCUUCCCCUCCGUGUAGUAGUCCAGGUCCUGUUCUUUGAGCAGGUCAAGACUGCAGCUGGGGGCUUCAAUGUGCCACAAAAUGUUUCUUGUGACAAUUCUCGAUCCACGACCAACACAGAAGAUUGGAAUAGGACAGACCUAGAGGACUACAACUCACUCAAGCAACAGAUUAGCCACAUGAAGAUUCAUGGAAAGGAAUGUGAGAGAAAUGGAGAGAAGAAAAAAAAGAAGAGCAGCAAAAACAGAGGGAGUGGUGUGUUGCUACUGCCAUCUCGAUCGAAGAGGAUCUUUGACAAGUUGUGGGUUGGAGGUAAAGGACACAGUGAGAACAGGAGCUCCGACACAUCUGGUAGUUCUCAGAGCCCCACUUCAGUGAAUCCUGGGGAGACCAAGUCAUCUGGUUCAUCUUCAAGACAGAGGAGGCAUUCCAUCUCUUGAUGAAAAUUUUGGAAUGCACAUGACCUAGCUAAUCAAGGUCGUACGUUUGAAAUGUAAAAAGUGAUUAUUAUUUUGUUGAAGCCAAUGUAUGUAUCUCAUUUCUGCUGAGCAUAACUUAGAAGGUAAAGGGUUUUUUCUGCAGAGAGAUGCGAUUAGUUUU